CCGGGUCAGACGGUUAUUUCCGGAAAAGGUAGCUGCGCAUCUUCGGAGGAAUAUGGAGGUGUUUGUAUACGACGCGUUUCUUCGGUCGCACAGUUUAAAUGUCCCGUUUGACGCCACAGUCAGGGAUCUGAUACGGGUAUUCUCAGGCGAACAGGGAGUCCCAUCCUCCUGCGACCUGUACGUGAAGACCAACGGCCGCCUGUGUGGACGCGAUGAUCGGCUGCAGAGAGGAACGUUGUACCGCCUGGAGCCUCGGCUCUGUGGUGGCAAAGGAGGUUUCGGGUCCAUGCUCAGAGCUCUCGGGGCUCAAAUCGAGAAGACCACAAACCGGGAGGCAUGCAGAGACCUGAGCGGAAGACGUCUCCGCGAUGUCAACCAUGAGAAAGAGAUGGCAGACUGGCUGAAGAAACAGGUGGAUCGUGAGGCUGAAAGGGAGCAACGGCGCCUGGAGAAACUGCAGCGGAAGCUGGCGGAGCCCAAGCAUCUUUUCACUGACACAGACUACGAGCAGCAGUGCCACGAGCUGGCAGAACGCCUGGAGGACUCCGUCCUGAAAGGUAUGCAGGCAUCAUGCAGCGGAGACAUCAAAGCAGAUGAAGAACCCAGCAGGAAAAGACCAUCAGCAAGUAAAGAGCAGGUCACUAAGAAAAGGAAACUGCUUUGGACUGGUUUGGAUGAGCUGGAGGACAUGUCAAGCUCAGAGGAUGACAGCGAUGCUAGUGUGGCCUCUGCAGAGGAGGGUCCAGCAGCCCAGAAAACAAGCACCAUAGGCCAGAACAAGAAACCAACUGCGAGCAGCACCAGCUCUGGGUCUCUGUCUAACUCCCCCCAGAUCACUCAGAAAGAACCAACCAAGGAGGAACCAGAACCUUCUGUCACUACAGAGAUCCUCGAGGCACAGUCAGAACCUGACAGUUCAAAUGUCGGUACCCAGGAGGAGACUGGCAUAAAAGCUGCAACUACAAACCCAGAUAGUGCCUGCUCUUCUCAACCUCAGAAAGCACCAUUGCAGCCAAGUCAUGACUCCCCCUUGGACCUGGAGGCAUUCAACAGCUCAACAGAGCUCGAGGCCCUGGGACUGGAGAAAUUGAAGGCUGAGCUCACGAGGCUUGGGAUGAAAUGCGGGGGCACCCUGCAGGAACGGGCCGCCAGACUGUUCUCCGUCAGAGGACUUUCCAGGGAGGAGAUCGAUCCCAGCCUCCUAGCCAAGCCCAUGAAGGGCAAAAAGAAAUAGAUCUAAAAACUAAAUACAGUUUUUCUUUUUUUAAAAAAUAAAGCCCAAUAAAGUUCCAUUGCAGCAUUAUUACAGAAAGGGUGUGUUAUAACUUAGCUAAUGUCUAGGAAAUGUAGAUCUUUAUAUGACCCCUCUUUAGUUUUUGGUCGAAGGUGUGUAUAUUCUUUUCCUAUAUCUUGCAUGCUUUGGUACAGUGACGUCAUAUGAACAUGUGAUGUACGCAACUGCCUAAGCCAGUAUUGAUACAUUGUGCUUGAAAUUUCUUCUAAAAUGUAGUUUUUCUGCAAUUCAUUAGUAAAAAUUUUUUUUACAAGCUGGAUUCUGUAUU